AUGGCGGCCUACACACAACUUCCCGUGUCAUCGACGGGUGUCGUGCAACCUGACAGACCAUCUUCUCUCAAGGUCGGACUAUACAUGGUCGCGUGGAUUGUUUCUUCAAAUAUCACCAUUCUGUUCAAUAAGUGGCUGCUUGACACAGCUGGAUUCAAGUACCCCAUUUUGCUAGUAACAUGGCAUCUCGUCUUUGCCACCGUCGUCACACAAAUCCUCGCCCGCACGACAAGUUACCUCGACAGCCGCCAUAAUCUCCCAAACACCUGGGACUUCUUCCUUACCACGGUCCUGCCCAUCGGAAUCGUGUCAUCUGGUUCUCUGGUCGCCUCCAACUUCGUCUACCUCUACCUCUCUGUGGCCGUUAUCCAAAUGCUAAAGGCAGCCUCGCCUGUCUCAGUCCUCCUCGUGUCGUGGUUAUUCGGCGUCGUCGACCCCACAGUCGGAAAGGUCGUCAACAUUCUUGUCAUCGCGCUGGGUGUCGCAGUUGCAAGCGCUGGCAUGAUCGAGUUCUCCCUCAUUGGUUUCGUUUUUCAGAUGUGUGGUCUCGCGUUUGAGGCUGUCAGGGUUGUCAUGACGCAGAUCAUGCUUAACAGCGAGGGCUUGAAGAUGGACGCCAUGGUCGGCCUCUACUACUACGCCCCUGUAGUCGCCAUUUUGAACCUUCUCGUGGCCAGCUUUAUCGAAAUUCCUCACUUCGAUAUGAAGGAUCUGCACCGAGUUGGUUUCUCAACGCUAUUUUUGAACGCUGCUGUUGCAUUCACCCUCAACUUCACCAGCAUGGUUCUGAUUGGCAAAACAUCCGGCCUCGUCAUGUCUUUAUCGGGUAUCUUCAAAAAUAUUCUACUUGUCAUCUGCUCGGUCUUGAUCUGGCACGUAACAAUCACACCUAUUCAACUUCUUGGAUACACCGUCACACUCUGUGCGCUCAUCUACUACUCAGUUGGCCGCGAGAAAUUGUUAGAAGGUUUGGAGGCUUCCGUCAACUGGGUAUCAGGGGUAACCAGAGGAGUGGUUUCUAGAAAUGGCGGCUCUAUCAAGUCUCGGAAAGGCUUGUGGAUCGCCCUGGGGGCUAUGGUGACCUCUACAAUGACACACAUCGCAAAUCUAAGCCCGGAAAUAAUCCUUGAGAUUAUGAAGCUCUUAGACUUACAUGACAUUUAUACUCUCAUCAAAACAUCUCCUCUAUUUCUACGACAUUUUGUUGCCCACCGGCACCAGCUUCUCAACUCAACCGGUAACGACCUCAGAGAUCGCUUUCUUGGCUACAAAUCGCCAAUGUGCCUAUCAGCACUACGGCUCCGCUACAGACAGCCCAUAAAUACUCCAUCGACAAUUUCAGAGGUACGUAAAGCAGAACAGACCAGUCUACGCCUUUAUCGUCACCGGAAUUCCGGACUUGAGCUCUCCAAAACGACCGCUCUCUCACUCCUAUGCAACGCACGCCAGCUCCUUAUCGAGUUGGAGUGGAUUGUGGAAAGCUAUGCGCCGCAAGCUUGGUCCGAAAUGCAAGACUCCGAGAUACGCAGACCUGAGACACAAGCCCUAGUUCUAUCUGAUACCGAAAGAAGACGGUUCAUCCAGGCUGCGAUCCAUUUUGAGACCUAUUGCCAGAUGUUUUUUCUACAUGAGAAGAUCUUGUUCAAGAGGAACGCAUCAGUGUCCCAAAGCCAGGAUGAUCCAUUGGUACUUAUGGUCGGCAAAAUCGACCUUCAUCGCAAGGGGACUGUGGAGACUCGUCCCUGGCAGCCAUGGGAAGGCAUUAGGAAGCUCUUCAAGAAGCCUGUCGAUGUCAUCGGCCACUGGGCUGUAUGCAUCAACGGGUUGUGCUAUGAGCUGACAAGAGCUUCCGAUCCUGAGAAGAAAAAGAACAAACUCAAGGGCAACUAUUGGAUCAGAACUCUGUCUCUUGGCGACUGGAAGGCUAUCAAAGACCUUGAGAAGAGAGGUGUUAGCGAACCAAAACUGAUUGGAUAUACGGCUAGGCCUUGGCCCCAUAACAUUAUCAAGAAGAUUGCUGAUCUCAUCUGGCAAACCUCCCUCCAAGAGGAAUACGUCUACGAGGAGAAUGGCUGCCAGGUUUUCAUCCGUCUCCUUAAUGACCUAGUCGGAGACGCAGACGUGAAAGCCAAGUUCCCAAAACUCUUCAGCGAAGAAGUCAAAAAAGCCGACAUCCCUCGAGACUCGACGUUCCUCAUCGAAACCGCUGGUAUGGCGACUGUGGCUGCAGGAACGAGUCUGAUGUUUGCCCCCGUCGAUCCAAGCGGAGCAUCUGCCGCAGGCUUCUUUAUCGCCGCUUCGAUGGCCCUCAGGUCAAGUCAACUACGGCACUCUGGACAGCGAGGAUUAAUAAGGAGGAGUUUAUCAAGAAGGCCCAGGCGGGGUUGA